AUGGACUUUUUCAACAGUGGUGCUCCCGAAGGAGACGAUAAUAAUAUGGAUUCACCUUUCUUUAAUAACGAAAUGAACUCUACACAGUUUUUAUUUGGAGACCUAAUGGAUACUUCCAAUUCAGGGAACCAGAAGAUGGACGAUUCUCAGUUUUACAAUAACAAACCUUUUAAUGAUGGAGACAUUAGAACUCAGAGUAAUAAUAGUAACAUGAAUAUGAACAUGAAUAUCUCGAAUACAUCGAAUAACAAUGGGAAUAAUAAUAGUAAUAAUAUGAACAAUUUUGUAUCCAAUCCCAAUACUCCAUACACAGUACCAGGCAACUUUGUGACUAAUCAAUCACCAAUGGGUUCUGUAGGCUCUAAUUUUGACGCUGCACCUCCUCAGAACUCUUCUGCAAUGAAUAAUUUCCAAGCCAGCGGCAGCUUGUCACCACAGGCAAUCCUUGCUAAAAACUCUAUGGUGGAUAACCAGAUAUUGGGAUUAAACUUCAAUGGUGCUGAUAACUCUAAUAAUAAUAUGAAUGCAAAUAUGACAAAUACGCUUUCCCCUCAAAUGACCAUGUCUAAUAUACAGUCCAGUGCUAACACUCCUCAACAGAUCUUGAUGUUUAAUCAGUCAGCUAAUACUCCUGGAUCAUCGAACAAUAUGAAUCUUAGUGGCAGUAAUUCUACUCCUGGUGCUGUAGGUGCUAAUCAGGAUAACAUGAAUAUGCAAUUUGGAUCCAAUAUGCCUUCGAACAGUAUUAUGUCUACUCAUGGUUCACCUAACAUUCCUAACCAAAUGCAACAAAACAACUUACCAAUGAAUCAGAACAGUGGACGGAGUUCCAGUAAUAACAGUAAGAUUUCUGGAAAGGAUGCUCUUGCAUUACAAAACGCAAGCCCUCAAGAUAGAGCUGCAAUAUUAGCUGCACUACAACAGAGACAACAAAGAAGAUUCCAAGCUUUACAACAACAACAGAUACGUAAACAACAAUCACAACAGCAGUUACAGAAGCAAGCUCAGCAACAGGUCCAACAACAAGUACACGCUCAAAAACAAGCUCAAAUGCAGGCACAAGCCCAAGCCCAAGCCCAAGCCCAAGCCCAAGCCCAAGCCCAAGCCCAAGCACAAGCCCAAGCUCAAGCCCAAGCCCAAGCACAAGCCCAAGCCCAAGCUCAAGCUCAGGCUCAAGCUCAAGCUCAAGCUCAAGCACAAGCACAAGCCCAAGCACAGGCUAAGGCUAAGGCCCAGGCCCAGGCCCAGGCCCAAGCUCAGGCCCAAGCUCAAGCACAAGCUCAAGCACAGGCGAAGGCUCAGGCACAAGCUCAGGCUCAAGCACAGGCUCGAUUUAAAGCGCAGAAUAGACAAGCAAUGCAGCAACCAAAUUCACCAAACCCAGCAAAUGGAAAUCUACAGCAGCAAAAAAAGUCAAUUCUUCAAAAUCUACAUCCAGCUCUUCAGCAAAAGAUAUCAAUGGAACUUAACAACAAACAAUACGAACUAUUCAUGAAAUCACUGAUAGAAAACUGUAAGAGAAUCCACAUGCCUCUACAAUCAAUUCCGGAAAUUCAAGGUAAGAAAGUGAAUUUAUUUUACCUGUUCAUGUUUACUCAAAGACUUGGCGGCGGGGAGCAAAUAUCAAGAAAUCAACAAUGGAACUUUUUAGCUCAAAAACUUCAAAUUUCAAACGCCCAAGAAUUGGAAGGGGUAUAUUACAAAUUAAUCUACCCAUAUGAGAAGUUUCUAGAAUCUCCUGAAGGACAAAAAGAAACUCAAGCCAAAAAAUUCUUCCUACAGCAAUUUUUGCAAGAGCUAUUAAAGAAAGUCCAACAGCAGCAAGGAUUACAACAACAGCAAGGAUUACAGCAACAACCUUCUCAACAGCCAGGACAGAUACAAAACCAAAAUCAAGGUCAAACUCCUACGCAACUUCAACAACAGGCAAUUCCACAAAAGAACCAAAUGCAUUUUUCCAAUCAGAGUCAAAAUAUGGUGGGAUCCUUUGAUACUACUAACUCUCCCAUGAUAAAUCAACAAACAACAUUUGACAGUAAACAGAGAAAAGAGAACAGAAGAAAGAAGGCAUCUACUGAUACACCAACAGGAACUCCGAUAGCAACCCCUGUACCCUCAACAAGUAUAAUAAAUUUAGAUCAAAACGCAAAAAAAGCUGUGAAGAAACCUAGGAAACCAAGACAAAAGAAAAAGACUAAGAAAGAACUUGAACUCGAAAAGAAGCAAUUAGAAGAAAUGCAAAAGAAACAGCAACAAUAUAUUGAAGAGCAACAAUUACAGCAAAAAAUGGUUAUAGAGCAAAAACUAAAAGAUCAGUAUAAAAAGGAGUUGGAAAAAUUGCCAAAAGUAUACAAGCGAUCUCUAUGUAGAAAUUAUACUCCUCUCAAACGUGUUAUUCAAAGAUCUAAUGGAUAUGAUAUUGAAUAUGUCGCUAAGGUAGGAGAAAAAGUGAAUGCUAACAAACCAAUUUUCUUGUUUGCUCCGGAAUUAGGUACCGUAAAUUUGCAUGCUUUGUCAAUGUCGUUACAGGCAGGAAAUAUUGGUGAAAUAAAUGUUGCACUCAAUACCUUACUGGUUACCAGCUCAGAUGCUGUACUUGAAUUAAAUAUAGAAAUGUACCCAGAAUUGAUUGAGUCAUUGUGCAUUCUGGGCAUCAACUUACUCUCCAACCUUUGUGAAAAUAAAUCAGAUUUAAGGCUUCUUCAAACCAAUUUGUUUUCUUAUGUACUUAGCGAUGAGGUGGAAUCCUUCCUGUCCAAUGAUACAUGCACAUUUUCAAAGACGAAUCACAAUAUUGAUCAGAUUUUUGAUAAAUUAGCAAAAAACACAGUAGAAAGUGGAAAUUCAGUAAGAGUCGAUUCAUUAACUGGUACCGAUAUCCUACAAAAUUCGUCAUUAAAUGAUAAUCAAGACAGUAAAGAUACAAUACCCCCAAUGACAAGUGAAAUAAGUGACUUACUAAAGCCAAUAUACAAUAACACAUGGGAUCUUUUACCAACACCUGUCAAGUACCUGCAGAAUCAAUUUCCAAAUAAGCUUCAUGUGCCAUCCUACCUUUUGUCACUAAGAGCUGUAAAAGAUGAAGUCGAUUGCCCAUUGACAAAAGUAAACACCAAAGGUGCAGAGAAUGCAAGAAUUCUUAUAACAGAUCAAUUAUCUACCAUCUGUAUGAUUCUCAGAAAUGCUUCCUUUUCAGAGGCGAACGCAAGGAUAUUAGCAUCUAACCCUUUCCUAAGAAGAUUUUUUGCCGAUAUGUUAUGGGCAGUGUUUUUAGACCACGAAAAGUUUGUUUUUGAAAGAAAAAGACUAAACUUCAGAAAAGAUAUUGCCAUAACAUUGUCUAACAUUGCUCACCUAAUGCCAUUUCAUUCGUCCGUGGACGGAUUUUUACUACUAAUUCUGAUCUUAAGUUUUGGAGAACCAAAGAAGAACUCUGGCAGCUUAAGAAGUGACGAACUGUCUUAUAACGAGUAUUCUCUAACAUGGGGCAAAUAUCAGUCAUUUGGUGUGGAUGUACUUUCUAAGCUGCUAUCGACUGAGCAAUCGACCAAAAAUAUCAUAAUGCGUUUAUUGUUUUCAUUUUCAUCUGCCACUAGAGACGACUCGUUAAGUAAAGACGAACUGCUAACCAAAAAGCUAGUAGAUGCGUACUGUAAGGGCGAUCAAUAUAAAUUACUAAAUGAUGUAGUUUCAUUUCUACUCUCUGUGAUUCCCUUUGAGCAAAUAAAUGAAACAAGCUCACUGCUUUAUAGCAUGACACCUUUGAUUUCACAAUCAAUAACAUCUCUACUUCUAAUUGUAGAUCAGGUUUGUGAUGAGAAAUCUGUUAAUGAGUACACACUAAAGAAAAAUAUGCCUUUAAUAUGGCUAACUACCGCUGAAAACUACGGUUACAAGCUGCGUUCAUUAGGGAAGCUUUACAAUGAUAUAUCUGGGGAUACCAAUGAGUUAUCAAAGGCGAACGGAAAUAGUGUGAUGGAAAACAUGGAAUUCAAGAAACUUGCUCCAUUGAUUGGUUCAUCAUGCUUGAAAUUAGUCAACUUAAUGAUAGAUAAAGCGCUUGAAAUUGAUGAAAAGGUGAAAACUAAUGACAAAGAUGAAAUUGCGUCUAAAACAUUGGCCGCUGUUCCGGAGCUUUUCCCGGGAGAAAUUGAAAGUAUCGAAAUUAUUACCAAUCAAUAUUUACACCCCGAUAUUCUACAGCAGACACAAUGCCUUAUUGAACUUAAAGAUGAAAUAUUAUCGAGAGCAUGA